AUGGGCCGAGCUCCUCCAGUCAUCGAUUUUACCCCCUUUUACGGGGAGGACAAGGCAGCAAGAUCAAAGCUUGAGGAGGAGAUCCGAAAUGCUUGUCUAGACUACGGAUUCUUCCAAUUGCGUAAUCACGGCAUCCCCGAGGACCUUCAAAGGGAAAUUCUUCGUCAGUCUGAGGAUUUCUUCAGGCUCCCAAAUGAAAUCAAAGACAGGUACAACAAAGAUGUUGGUGAAUUUAAUCGCGGCUAUGAACGGUUACGGUCUCAGAACUUUGAAAAGCUCACCAAGGGAGACCUAAAAGAAGGCCACUUCCUGGCACAAGACCUUCCGCUUGAUGAUCCCUAUGUUAAGGCGAGAAAAUGGGCGCAAGGGCCGAAUAAGUAUCCCUCUGAGGUGAAGGAGCCAUCUGUAUGGAAACAAACUGUUGAUGACUACCAUUCUGUGGCAUCGAAAGUCGCCAAAAACGUGUUGAGUGUUCUGUUUGACACUCUUGGAGGAGGGCAUGAGUUUUUGGAUGAUUUUUGCGACCAUCCAGUUGCCGUGCUUCGUCUGCUUCAUUAUCCCCCACAGGACCCCGAUGCUUCGGAGUUAGAACGAGGGAUUGGCGCCCACACCGACUUCGGUGCUGUCACAAUCUUACUUCAGGACUCUACAGGGGGUCUACAGGUCCGAGACCGCAGAACAGAGGAGUGGGUCGAUGUCGAACCGAUCUCGGAUGCUGUUGUCGUCAAUACUGGCAAUCUGAUGAUGUGUUGGACCAAUGACCGCUAUGUGUCUAACCUGCACCGCGUUAUAAACAAGACAGGUGCUGAGAGAUAUAGUGUCCCGUUUUUCUUCGAUGGUAACCCAGAUUUCUUGGUAAAGUGUCUUGCGAAUUGCAUCGAGGAAGGUGGAGUGGCGAAACACGCUCCUCUCACAGUAUCCGAAUGGAUGGAGGGUCGAUACGCAGAUACGUUUGGAGGAUCUAAGAAGGCUACCAAGGAAAUGGUGGAAGUUUGA